AUGUUUAUUACAGCUGGUGCUUCUCCUAUUCAAGCUCAUGUGUUGGCCACUAAAGAAGGUAUUGAUGAGAGUGGAGAGAGGAUAAGUGGGUCUCACAUGGAGGGUAAUAUUACAGCUACUACAAAUUUAGAAAGCAAUGCGGAUUGGGGUGGCGCUAUUAGGGAAUCUCUCCUGAAAAUUCUUGAUGAGGAAGGAAAAAUUGAUGGAGAUGUCAUAGGAGAGGGGGUUAAAGAUGAUUCUCAGUCAGCUCUUGUUCCCAAGUCAGCAAACCUCUAUUCAAAAGGGAGGAAGGAAUCGCCCCCUCUCCGUGGCUCAGCCAACUUUGAAAGACUAAAGAAGCAAGCUGCGGAGAUUCGGUCAACCCAAGGGCAAUCUGGAAAAGGCAUGAAUGCCUCAACUAAACGGCUGGGGAUUAAGAAGGUGUGCAAAGAUCAUCAGGCUAAAUUGGUUUGUCUUCUGGAAACAAAGGUUAAGGUGGAUAAUUGUGGUGCUAUUUUUGAUAAUUUUAUUCCAGAUUGGAAGUAUGUGCACAAUGGUGAGAUUGAUAAUACUAUUCGGAUUUGGUUGGGCUGGGAUCCGAGUUGUUUUAAUGUUGAAGAAAUUCAAAAAACUAAGCAGUUUAUUCAUGCCAAGGUGUCGAUUAUGGGAACUACUGGCUCUUUCCUUUGCACUGUAGUGUAUGCUCUCAAUACUGUGGCAGGGCGGAAGGAUUUGUGGGAGGAUGUGGGAAGUCUUGCUAGUGCUAUUGCUACUCCAUGGGCUGUCUUAGGGGAUUUCAAUGUUAUUCGGAACCAUAAUGAGAAAAUUGGUGGGGACCCGGUUCGGUUUGAGGCUAUUGAUGAUUUCAACACUUUUAUUGAAGAUUCUUGGCUGAUUGACUUGAAGUGGAAAGGGGAAGCUAUGACUUGGAAUAACAGGCAAAGUGGUGAUGCUAGAAUUUGCUGUUUUUUGAAGCUUGGAUUGGUAGAGCUGGGUUUGAUGAUAUGGUUCGGAAGGGCUGGGAACAGCUUGUUAGCUUGCGUCCUCAAUCCCAUCCUUAGGUUUGCUGCUCGGUUAAGGAAUAUUAAAAAAGAGCUGAAAAAGUGGAAUAAAGAGUGCAUUGGAGAUGUUUUUGUUGCGGUAAAGGUUGCACAGGCUGAGUUGUACCAAACUCAAUGCAAUCUUAGGGACCACCCUGAUGACCCGAAUCUGGUUCUUUUGGAGACUCAAGCUAAGGUGAAGUUAUGGGAAGCCUUGGUCAUUGAAGAAAUGUUCUUGAAGGAGAAGUCUAGGGUGAAACAUAUUCAGCUAGGGGAUGGUAAUAAUAGUUUCUUUCACAAGUCCAUGAUUUGUAGGCAGAAUAGGAAGCAUAUUCUCGAGAUUAAAGGGGAAGGAGGUGAAAUUGUUAAGGAUCCUAGCCAGAUCAAAGAUGAAGCUGUCUCUUUCUACAAGAAGUUGUUUGGAUCUGAUUCAGUGGAUG